GUACAUUUAAAAUGCGUAUAUUCGAAUGAAUGUGAGUAUCAAGGACACAGGAAACAGAAAAAAUAUGUUAUUUAUACAAUCGUGUUCACUGCACUUUCCGUAAACAUAGCGCACUACACGAACUAUACUAGUAUAUUUCGAAUCAAUUUGAUCAUAUUUAUUUAAUUGAUCUUGUGUGAGUAAGAUGAAUGUAUUUUUCGUAUUUCUUGAGUGUAUACAACCAACAUAUGUAUCUCUGUUAUUAAUUCUUAAUGUAUCUUUAUGUUACACUGUACUCCGCUGGAGAAGACCGUGCGAUCUUCCUCCUGGUCCCACAUUUUAUCCUUUCAUUGGAAACAUGCGUACUGUUGGACAGAAGACGCUAGUGGGUGCAUUUCGGGAUUGGAGAAAAGAAUUUGGAGAUAUUUUCAGUUUGUCGCUCGGAUCUAAAUGGGUUAUUGUUAUUUGUGGACUAGACAAUUUGAAAGAGGCGUUUGUUAAGAGAGAUGCUGUAUUUUCAGAUCGGCCCGAUUUGUUUGUAAACAGAUAUAUAAACGAGAGAAGAGGUAUAAUUGGAUCAGAUGGUGAGAGAUUGAAAGAACUAAAACGAUUUACACUUCGAGCAUUGCGGGAAUUUGGGUUCGGAAAAAAGUCGCUCGAAGAAAACAUUCAAGAGGAGGUUAUAAUUUUUCUAGAUUUUAUUGACGAAACGAACGGAGCCAGUUUUAGUUUGGACGAAAAGGUGAAUGUAAGCAUUUCUAAUAUAAUCUGUUCAAUAGUCUUUGGAAAAAGAUAUGAGUAUGACGACCAUAAGUUUGUAAAAUUAAUGAAAAUAUUAGAUGAUUACAUUAGCAAUUCUACUCUCACAACAACACUAAACUUUAUUCCGAACUUGCGACACGUGCCAGGGGAUAUCUUCUCUGCUAAGAAAGUUUUGUCCAAUCAAAAAGAAAUAGAGGAUUUUAUACAAGCAAGAAUUGAUGAACAUAAGAGCUGUUUUGAUGGUAACAAUAUAACAGACUUUAUUGAUGCCUGUCUCAGAGAAAUGGAAACAGGAAAUGGAACUUUAAUAACUGAGAGUGAAGUACGAAAGAUAAUCCGAGAUUUAUUCAUAGCAGGGACACAAACAACUGCAGCGUGUAUUAAAUGGUUUAUAUUGUACAUGAUACAUUACCCUGAUAUCCAGGAGAAAAUGUGGAGAGAAAUAGACAGUGUGACGAGUUCUAAUCGUCUGCUUUCUUUAAAUGACAGAUCAAAAUUACAAUAUUGCCAAGCAGUUGUUGACGAAACUCUACGAAUCAGUAAUACAGCCCCUUUGUCAGUUCUUCGUGGUGCUUCCAAUGAAAUUUUAUUCAAAGGUUUUAGAAUUCCGAAAGGUUCAGUGAUUGUUCCAAAUCUUGAUUCUGUAUUAAUGGAUGAACAGGUAUUUACGAAUCCUGAAAAAUUUAACCCAGAAAGAUUUUUGGAUAAUGAUGGAAUGCUAAGUGGAACUGAAAAGAAUAUUGCUUUUUCUGUUGGAAGACGAGCCUGUAUGGGAGAAUCUCUUGCACGAAUGGAACUAUUCCUAUAUCUAACAGCAUUGGUACAGAGAUUUAAAUUUUUGCCAGCAUGUGGAGAGGAUCCCCCGAAAAUUAAACGAAUUCUCGGACUGCAGUUCACCCCUGCACCUUUUAUGCUCAAAGUUGCUCGUAGGUGUUGAAUUUUUCCGUUGCAUGGAUAUUUCCGUUGCAUGUUUACCAUAUUUCAACGACUGCGUUGAACAACCGGCCCCAGAACGACAUGUUUUGUAAUAAAGAUUUAAGAAUUGUAAUCUUCUUUAAGUUUAGAUUUAUAAUUGUGCAAUGUAAGAAAAAUGGAUGGAGAGAGAUACCCAAUGGGACAAGAAUAACCAUAAAUUGUAGAAAGACAGAUAUAAUGCCAUAGUCAACAGAAACAAGACCAGAUUUGAUCAGUAUUAUUGAGGAAUCAAAACCAAUACACGGUGGAUGUGCAAAGCAUACAUUGUGCAUUAAUUUAUUAAAACCGAGGCGAACUUUUCUUAGAAAAAACUGUAAAAAUCUUUUAUUAAGGAUCCUAUAUAUUCAUAGUAAAAAAACAAAAUAUUUGAUUUUAUAUAUAAUCUGAACAGACAUAAUUUCAAAAUCGUUUUAUUCUCG